AUGCACUGCGGCGCGGACGACGACAACAACGUCUUCAACGUCGCCUUUCGAACGACGCCGACGGACUCCACGGGCGUCGCGCACAUCCUCGAGCACACCGCGCUGUGCGGCAGCGAACGGUACCCGAUCCGCGAUCCGUUCUUCAACAUGCUGCGACGGUCGCUGUCGACGUUCAUGAACGCGAUGACCGCGUCGGACUACACGUGCUACCCGUUCGCGACGCUGAACACGGUGGAUUACUACAACCUGCUCGGCGUCUACCUCGACGCAGCGUUUUUCCCCAAGCUGACGCGGGAGGAUUUCCUUCAGGCGCGAGGGCCACCGCCUCGAGUUCGCGGACAUGGAGGACCCGAGCUCGGAGCUGAAAUGAAGGGCGCGAUGGGGUCGCAGAGCGCGCGGUUCUCCCGCGCGCUCGGCGCGGAGCUCUUCCCCACGAGCACGUACCAUCACAACAGCGGCGGCGACCCGGUGAACAUUCCCGACCUCACGCACGAUCAGCUGCGCGCGUUCCACGCGCUGCACUACCACCCCUCGAACGCGCGGUUCUUCACGUACGGCGACCUGCCGCUGGAGCAGACGCUGGCGAAGGCGCAAGAGCUCGCGCUCGGCAAGUUCGACGCGAUCGACGUCAGCGCGUUGGACGUGUCGGACGAGCUGAGGCUGUCGGCGCCGAAACGCGUCGUCGUGCCGAUCCCCGCGGAAGCCGUCGUCGCGGACGAGGCGAAGCAGUCCGUCGUCUCCGUGGCGUACCUCCUCGUGAACCAGAUCAAGGAGAAGGGCGCGGACCUGGAGAAUUUCGCGCUGACGGUCGCGUCGGACCUCCUGCUGAGCGGCCCGCAGGCGUACUUCCACGAGAGCCUGCUCGAGUCCGGACUGGGAAGCGGGUUCGCUCCGGGCACCGGGUACAGGUGCGUUCUAUCAAAAACCUCGUUCGCGGUCGGCCUCAAGGGCGUCGCCGCCGAGGACGUCGAGAAGGUGGAGACGAUCGUGGAGGAGACGCUGCGCGCGAUCGCGCAGGACGGGUUCCCGAGAGACCGCGUCGACGCGAUCAUGCAUCAGGUGGAGCUCAGCGCGGCGAGGACGUCGACGCAGUUCGGGUUGGGCGUGGCGUUCGGCGCGAUGGGGACGUGGGUCCACGGCGGCGACGGCAUGCGCCCGCUGCGCACGCCCGCGAUGGCGGCGAUGCUCAACGCCGCGCUGGACGCGGACCCGAAGUUCUGGCAGAAGCUCGUGCGGCGGAGGUUCCUGGACAACCCGCACAAGGUCACCGUCGUCGGCGAGGCGGAUAAGACGUACGACGCGAAGCUCGAGGAGGAAGAGAAGAGGCACGUCGCCGCGAUUCAGGCGGCGCUUGACGACGAGAAGAAGAAGGAGAUCGUCCGCGAGGCGGUCGCGCUCAGGGACAGCCAAGACUCCGUGCAAGACGCGAGCGUGUUGCCGACGUUGAUCGUCUCCGAGGCGGUGCCGCGCGAGAUCACCAAGUGGACGUCGGAGCACGUGAAAACGGCGACGGGGAAGCCGUUACAGCUGGACCUCCAGCCCACGAACGGCAUCACGUACGCGAGCGUCUUGCUCGACGUCACCGACGUCCCGGACCGUCUCGUGCCGUACCUCGACCUGUUCGCCGACUUCAUCACGGAGCUCGGGACGAAAGAGCGCGAUUACAAGCAACUGUCGCAACUGGAGAAGCUCAAGACUGGCGGCGUCGGCGCGGGCGUCGACUCCAUCCUCCCCUUGGACGGCGACGGCCCGCCGCAGAUCGUCUUAUCCAUCUCCGGCAACGCGCUCGAUCGCAACGUCGACGCGAUGUUCGAUCUCAUCGCGGAGGUGGUCACCGGCGCGCGGUGGCGCGGCGAGGAGAAGCAGGUGGGUCUGCUCCUCUCCCGGAGAGCCGCCGCCGCCGCGGGGGGCGUCGCGCAGAACGGGCUCUCGUACGCGAAGGGCUACGCGAACGCGUCCAUCGACGCCGUCAGCGCGCUGGACUAUCGCACCUCGGGGUUGCCGCACGUCGCGAUGCUUCAGAGGCUCGCCGCGGAGAAGGAAGCCGCGGUCGAGGAGGUGGAAGCCGCGCUCGCGGAGAUCGCGUCCAUCGCGCUCGCCUCCGACCGCGUGCUGCGAUGCCGCGUCGCGUGCCAGCCCGGCGCGCCCGCGGAGAGGGCGACGAAAGCGAUGGACGCGCUCCUCGCGGCGAUGCCGGCGAAGGGCGCCGCCGCGAAGAAGGACGAGGCGACGAUGGCGGACGCCCUCGCCGGGUUCGCGCCCGAUCCGUCGAAGGCGUUCGUCGCGGUGCCGACGCAAACCAACUACUGCGCGGCGUCGUUUAAGACGGUGCCGUACGCGCACGAGGACAGCGCGGGUCUGUUCCUCCUCGCACAGGCGAUGUCCACGAGCUUCCUUCACAGGGAACUGCGAGAGAAGGGCGGCGCGUACGGCGGCGGCGCGUCCGCGGCGCCGAUCGAGGGCGUCUUUGCGUUUUCGUCGUACCGAGACCCGAACACGACGGCGACGAUUGAAAAGUUUGUCGAGGCGGCGGAGUGGGCGGCGACGAAAGGGAACCUCACCCCGGCGCUGUUGGAGGAAGCGCACCUGCGCGCGUUCAAGGCGAUCGACGCCCCGGUCGCGCCGCAGUCCAGAGGCGCAUCGAGAUUCACCGCCGGUCUCACGGACGAGUCCAGGCAGCUCUUCCGGAGCCGGCUGUUGGACUGCACCGCGGAGAAGAUGCGAUCGUGCGCGGAGAAAUAUCUCGUCGGGAAGACCGCCGCGCUCGCGAUCGUCGGGUCCCCUGCCGCGGUGGAGAGCGUGAAGGCGGACGGGUGGGACUGCCUCGACGCGGAGGGGAAGCCUCUGAAGGCGUGA